AUGCGCUAUCGUCUGCUGCCGUAUAUCUACACGGUCGGUUACCACGCGCAUGUGGAAGGUCUUCCUAUUGCUCGUCCACUGUUCAUGGAAUUUCCCACUGAUACAGCCACCUAUGACAUCAACUACCAAUUCAUGUUGGGCAACGCGCUGUUGGUGACUCCAGUUGUGAACCAAGGCGCCACGUCGGUGACGGGUUACUAUCCUGCCGGGGUAUGGUACAACAUCUUUGACUACUCUAAAAUUUCCAGCACGGGUCGAUCUGUUACGACGUCCGUAACUCUGUACGACAUGCUAGUGCAUAUUCGCGGUGGAUCGAUCCUAGCGAUGCAUCAGGCAGCGCUCACCAGCACGGCCGCACGCCUCACACCCUUUGAUAUCCUCGUUGCGCUACCUGGCAGUGGUAGUGCCACUGGAGACCUUUAUCUGGACGACGGCGAGACGAUCAACAGCCCGAGCGCCACGAUCGUUAAGUUCACUGCGUCAGCUGACACCUUCACGUCUAUCGUUGAGAAGAACGAUUAUACUGAAGCCCAGUCGACCGUAGUGACCAAGGUGAUCGUGCUCGGAGUGACGUCGUCGCCGUCCAGUGUCUCUCUCGGUUCUAUCUCCAAGUACGACUCCGCUACACAGCGUUUGGAGAUCAAUCUCUUGAGCAGUGAGCAGUCCAUUGCCACUGGCUUUGCAAUCACGUGGAAGUAA